GGUAGCUGCACCGCACGAGCUUCGUUUGUGAAGCAGUCUAGUGAUUCUCGGUGGCUUAAUCUCAACCAGCAUCGCAAAUCAAUGAAAGAUUUUGCUCCUGGCACCACCCAGGCUCGUCUCCCGAUCAGGAUCAUGGUGGCCAUGUCUCCGAUCCGAACCACUUCCGUCAUUGCAAUGCCACCUGGCAUCGCCCUCAUUGGAUGCCUGCACGCUGCCGAGUGACCAAAGCAUUCAUCGGCAGCGAGAGGAAGCAGACGAUGUGGAUAUGCAGGUACACUGGACGCAUGUUGCUACUCGGGGCAUGGUUGGAGUGUGUAACAAUGACCUAUAUAUUCCAGACCCCCUCGUUGCCCUUGAUCAUCUGCCUUCAACUUGCAACAUAUCAGGCAGACUGCGUUUUACCUUCCCUAAUCCUAAACUAUAAGAGCUUCAUACAAAGGCGACCUUCCUUGUUCGGCUUUCGAAACACUCACGAUGCGCUUCUUCGCCUUCUUGUCCUGCGUCGCGUUCGCUGCAGCGAGUGCUGUUGCUUCGCUUGAAGAACGCACCCUUCAGAUAUGUCUCCUUGACGAUGAAGCCACGAAGCUUGCCAACAAUUUCAAGAGCCUCAUUUUGGCAUACAGCAAAGCAAAUGCCGAGGCCUUCCUGACGAAGGACUUCACCGACUACUCCGACAGCGUGAACGAGCUUAUCAACAACGGCUGUCCAGAUGGCCCUGCCAAACUCGGUACUCCAACUUUCACUUCUCUCUCGGCAUUCGAGGCCGGUCAAAGCAGUCAACCUUCCAUUCCUUUCCAAAUCUUGAACAUCUGGCACGGAUGCCGGGACGUUGCAUUACGCUGGAGGUCAUCAGCACCCGGUUUUGUCCAGCCUGAGCAGCCUGUCACAGGCAUCAUCGUCUUGGAGGUCAUCCCCAAUGGCGUUUUCUCGGCGCAGCCAUGGCUUAUCAAGACGGUCUACUCCGAGUUCAAUAGCGGAGCCUGGCUCUACGAUUUGAACAUCACUACCUCUUCGUUCUGCAAGACGAAGUAAGGCAAGGUUCAACAGUCAGCCAAGCGCAUGCGAAUCAUUGCUCCACGGUUUCACUUUCCUAUUUCACUUUCGUCAAACGCCUCAAAGGGGAUGGAAGACGGGUCAUUUGUUGUUACAUUAUCGUCAUUUGUUCGGGGCAAUUUGGCGAAUACGCCAGGCUAUCUGAAUCUUAUUCGGCGGAGUUGGUCGUUUGUCAAAUGCUCGAUCAUGAAAGUAAUGUGUAUACAUCACGUAGCGACAUCAAUGUUGAUUACCAAGCUGCACUGGAGAGUCAUGAUGCUACCCAGACUUCUUCAC